CAGAACGCUGACGAACAGAGGCUGGAGUCUGAGGAAAAACUGAUUCACUGCUGUCAGCCAUGGGGAUGGAUUACUAUGCUGUACUCCAGGUCAAUCGCAACUCGGAGGAUGCCCAGAUCAAGAAGGCGUACCGGAAACUUGCCCUGAAGAACCACCCAUUGAAGUCAAACGAGCCAUCUGCACCAGAGACAUUCAGGCAAAUAGCAGAAGCCUAUGAUGUGCUGAGCGACCCCGUGAAGAGAGGCAUCUAUGACAAGUUUGGCGAGGAAGGCCUGAAGGGUGGGAUUCCUCUGGAGUUUGGAUCUCAGACUCCAUGGACAACAGGCUACGUCUUCCAUGGCAACCCUGAAAAGGUGUUUCACGAGUUUUUUGGAGGAGACAACCCCUUCAGUGAAUUUUUUGAUGCAGAAGGAAAUGAUAUAGAUUUGAAUUUUGGGGGUCUUCGCGGCCGAGGAGUCCAGAAACAAGACCCUCCAAUCGAACGAGACCUCUAUUUGUCCCUUGAGGACUUAUUCUUUGGCUGCACCAAAAAGAUUAAGAUCUCCCGAAGGGUGCUAAAUGAAGAUAAAUAUUCCUCAACCAUAAAGGACAAGAUUCUGACAAUCGAUGUGAGGCCUGGGUGGAGGCAGGGCACACGCAUCACCUUUGAGAAGGAAGGGGACCAGGGCCCCAACAUUAUCCCGGCUGAUAUUAUCUUCAUCGUAAAGGAGAAACUGCAUCCUCGCUUCCGCAGGGAGCUUGACAACCUCUUCUUUGUGUACCCCAUUCCUUUGGGUAAGGCUCUCACCUGCUGCACCGUGGAGGUGAAGACCCUAGAUGAUCGUCUGCUCAACAUCCCCAUCAAUGACAUCGUCCAUCCCAAGUACUUCAAGAUGGUGCCAGGUGAGGGUAUGCCACUGCCUGAGGAUCCUACCAAGAAGGGGGACCUCUUCAUUUUCUUUGACAUCCAAUUCCCCACCCGCCUCACACCACAGAAGAAGCAGAUGCUGCGCCAGGCAUUGCUGACCUAAUUCUGGGCACCUGGACAGGAGCAGGGAUGGAGAGGGCUAGCUGGGCCUUACACACUCAACUCCCACAGUGAAGAUGGGGAAGUGUGAGACCUUAGGCCAAUAUAAUAAAGAUUCCUUUCCUAUCCUCUAUGACCUGAAGUGUGCUGGAGAGAAGCUUCCUGCUUUGCCUUCCUUUGGACCCUGAAAAGCUAGGCACCUGGGGUACCAUUUGGCUUCCUAGGCAUGGACUAUUCCCUGAGGGUUUAGAACCUCUUGCUUACAUCUUGGUACAUGGGGCAGGGCUAUGUGACUGACCCUGUCAAAGGUCCCUCUGCUCUUGCCAUUUCACAACAUAUAUAUACAAAGGAACCUUCUAGGAACUGUGCUGCUUCGGGAAACAGGAAACAGGAAGCACAGAAAGACGGCAGUUGUACCUGUGCUCCGGUGUCUAUGGCUGAGCUGCCACCAGACCUUAGGCCAAUCUGUAUAGACUCACAAGCUUCAGUUAAAGUCACACCCAGGACACAAUGCCAGAAGAGCUCUGUCUGCCUCUGGCUCUGGUUCUGUGUCUAUGAGAUGGGUCUCAGGCUGCUUUUAGGCCAGUGUUCUGGGAGGCAUGGCACUUGGGCUCUGUCCAGGUCUGUCCCUGACUCUUGCAUUUGUUACUAACUUGCUUAGUAGAGCUUACACCCUGCCUACAGGUGUGAGAACUGGGUCUUUGGUGUGAAAGCUCUUGGUAGACUCAUGGUUAGAUUAUAGAGAGGGUCACUCCAGGUGGCCUGAAGGAGAUCCUGCUUCCGGGUGCAGCCAGGGUUGUGUGGCCCACACCAGUACCUUCAAAGUUGACAGGACUGUGUUUCUUUUCCAUGCUGGUAUUUGAGUUUAGGCUGUGAUGAGGUCUAGGCAACAAGCAGAUUCAAUGGCUUCCGAGAUGUGAGAAAAAACAAACAAACAAACAAAUUAUUCAUAUUGCUUAGAAUCCUGCCAUUCAAAGUGCCCUAUUAGCUUAAGGAUUUGUCCUUUUGACUUUUCAAAAAAAUUUCUUGCCGGGCGGUGGUGGCGCACGCCUUUAAUCCCAGCACUCGGGAGGCAGAGGCAGGUGGAUCUCUGUGAGUUCAAGACCAGCCUGGUCUACAAGAGCUAGU